CUAGGAUGGGGAUGGAAAGGAAACCAGCAUCUACAGCACCCCAGGGAUGAAGGACGCAGCUGAACCCUCCAAGCUCCUUACAGGGUCAGCUUUUGCCUUCUGAGCAGAGUAAAUGCAAGCUGGAUUUCCUCCCUGCCCCCCACAACUACCAUUUCCAAGUGAUUCUGCCCCCUCUAAAGUAGUCUUUUUCCAUUUCUCUCCUUUUUUUAGUUGUUGUUCCAGUGUGUCCCUGUGCUGCUACCACGCACAGAGAGCACCGGCUUCUGAGGGAGAGAGAGAGAGCUCCACAACAAAGCAGCUGAAGGAGAUAAAAAAACGCCAAGCAAAUCCUUCCACACACCCCUGUCCUCAAGCCUCCACCUCCAAAGGGCAGGAUUUGAUAGGCAACAGGUCCUGGAGCAUUUCUUCCCCAGCCAUCUGCUCACGCUGGCAGCAGCGGGCAGGCAGCCUCCUGCCACCCAUGUCCCCGUGCUGCUGGGGGACAGCAGUGCUGCUGUCCCCCCUGCACCCCCUGUCCCUGGGUGUUUUCCUGCUGCUGGCAGAGCUGAAGGAUGGAAGGAUGCUCCUUCAGCAGGAUGACAGCUGUCCAAAACCACCUUUGUCAGCCGAGUCCCCACCUCCAGCAUCACCCUCUGGAUUUCAGCCAACCUCCAAAACCCUCUGUUUUUUCCCCCACGGGGAAAGACCCUCAAGCAAGCUCCAAAUCCUCACCCCAAAUCGUUUUCCUACCCAGAGGAGUAGGAUGAAUCCUGGAGAGCAGCCUGGCAGGUACAGCCCCAGGCUGAGGGACACGCUGGGAUCUGGGUUCCCCUACCCAGCAGCACUUCUGGGGAUGGAUGAGUGGACCAGAUGCUUUCUGGGUUUCAAACCCCCAUCCAAAACCACACUUCUACCCCCACACUGCAAAACCCGACACAAACAACAUGUGCCUCCUUUGUUAUUGAAAGAGAAAAUUGUUUUCUGGGUGAAAACAAUUCUGGGUGAAAACAAUUCUGCCUCUCUAAAAACCAAGCAAGGAUGGGGAAGGGAGUGGAUGCUCACCCGGGCUGAGCACCCAUCUCAGCUCCCUCCUCUGCGCCAUCACAUGCCACCACUACACAACUCUCCUGGAGAAACACUAAUUAUAGCUCUCCAGCUAAAAACUUUAUUAUACACACACGUACAUAUGCCAGAUUAGCAGCACAGUGCCUUGAGAGAGCUCCCCAGACUCAAACUGAGCCAGAAAAUCAGCUCGUCAGGAGACGCUUUCAACUCCUUAACAAGAGCGAUCUGUGCUUCGCGACGCGUCCUCAAACCCUCGCCGGGAGCUGCGGGGAGCGACAGAUCCCGAAUUCCCGGCGGGAUAACGACCUUGCCCAACACGCUCACGGUCUCUGCCAGCCUCCGAAAACCCAUCAAACUUCACAGGGCUGCCCUUCUGAGCUCUACACUAGAAUACAUCUUUUUACACGCGGAGAAUAAACGCGGGCGGCUGUGCUCUGCCACCGCCGGAGGAUGACAAAGGACUAAGUGCUGAGGAUGUCCAGGAGUUGCGGAGUGCGUUUGGGGGGGAAUAUAAGGAGGAAAGGGUGAGUUUGAUCGCAGGAGUCCGAACGAGAGAGGGCAGCAGGAGAGACGUGCCUCUGUUUCUUGUCUGUGGCAGGGAUUGCUAACGGAAGGGCUGGAUUUAAGUGCAUCUCAAUCACAAGAUUGGGCUGCGUACAGGAAACUUUGAACAGCCAUAGGAAAAGACCACUCGGCUGCCCGGCCAUCAAUCGCUCAGCUUAUAAAAAUGCAGAUUUAAUAAUAAUCAGUAAAAAAAAAAAAAAAAAACCCUUAAAAAUUCCAGGCUGAAUAGUUACUUAUUUGACCUGCCGGGGAAUCACAGCCGGCGCUACUACAAACAGGGCUGGGUUUGUUUUGCUUUUGCCAAGAAAAAUAAAUAUAUAUAUAUACACAGAGAGAGAAAUAUAAGGAAGCGGCACGGCGAGGCGGGCAGGGAGCGGCGCUGGCAGCUCGCAUCCCCCGGAGCAUCCCCCCCGGAGCGGGGAGCGCUGCCAGCCCGUAUCCCCGCGGAGCAUCUCCCGCGGAGCAUCCCCCGCGGAGCGGGGAGCGCUGCUAGCCCGCACCCACCAAGAACAUCAUCCCCCCUGGACCGGAGCAUCCCCCCGGCGCGGAGGUCGCUGUCAGCAUCAUCCUCCCCAGGAGCAUCCCCCCGCCACGGCGCGGAGGGCGCCCGGCUCCCCCCCCCUCGCUAACACCUCCACCAUUAUAUUAAAGAAAAAAGAAAUAAAAACACCAACUCGGCGUCCCAAGGCCGGGCACCUCAACCGCAGCGAACUUUUUUGGGGAGAUGCCGCUCACCCUACAGCCCCUCAAAGUUGUG